UUUUUUUCCAGGAAUUAAAUAUUCAUUAGCACACUGGCCAAGUAUAGAUAUGCAGGCUGUUAGGGGUGUGGUCCUUACAAUAAGGUUUCCAUUGACUUCAGAAUCCAGCAGAAUUAAUCCGAUUACUCUCCGGUAUCCAGUUAGUAACAGGCAUUCCAUUCAUACUUGGUUAAACACAGAAAAAAAGAAAAAAAGGCUGCGACCUGCCUUUCCCAAGCACAGUUACCAACUGUAGUUCAGCAAAGCUGCACCCUCGAGAACAGAAUGCUGAACUGCAGUAUCGACACGGACUGCCAGGGCAAUGUGACAGGCAAUGAGACAGCAGAGUACGAAUCGUCUGAUGACAGAUUAAGCUUUGCUUUCAGCGUUGUACUGACCGUCAUGCUGGCUCUGGUGGUGUUUUCCUUGGGGUGCACGCUGGAAGUGGGCAAGCUGUGGUUUCACCUUCGGCGACCCUGGGGCAUCAUUGUGGGGAUUGUGUGCCAGUUUGGGCUGAUGCCCCUCAUUGCAUAUCUCCUGUCUGUGGGCUUCUCUGUGAAGCCGGCGCAGGCUGUUGCUGUUCUCAUCAUGGGAUGUUGUCCCGGGGGAAUCACCUCAAACAUGAUCACCUACUGGACUGAUGGAGACAUGGACCUCAGCAUUGCCAUGACAAGUUGUUCGACGGUGCUGGGAAUGGGGAUGAUGCCAUUGUGUCUCUACAUCUACACACAGUCCUGGGUCCAGACAGGCAGCAUUAAAAUACCAUACCUGAACAUAGGUUUCACAUUGGUUACCUUGAUUGCGCCUGUGAGCUGUGGCGUGUUUGUAAAUUACAAGUGGCCGAGGCUGGCAAAAAUAAUCCUAAAGGUGGGCUCUGUAGCUGGCUGCUUGCUAAUCAUUGUUGUUGGCACUGCUAGUGCUGUGCUCUAUAAAGGCUCGUGGAACACUGACACACCAGUUCUGAUUAUAGGGAUUAUCUACCCUAUGAUCGGGUACAUGUCUGGAUUUCUUUUGGCGGUUAGUGUGAGACAACCCUGGCAAAGGUGCCGGACCAUCGCUAUGGAAACAGGAGCUCAGAAUGUACAAAUCUGUUCCACGGUGCUUCAGCUUUCUUUUCCGCCAAAGCAGCUUGUUCUCAUGUUCACAUUCCCAAUCAUCUACGGGUCGUUUCAGCUUUUGGACGGACUGGUGAUUGUUGCAGUGUAUCAGAUAUACAAAAGAAUAUUCCAGAAUAACUCUGCAGAUAAGCUCACGCCGGAAGCUGCUGUUAUGAAAGAGUCAAGUGUGAAUGGUCUACAUGGAGAACUGAACAUAGCAUUUGAGAAUGAACAGGCUGCCCGCAACAACUCAAAUCAAGAAUCAGAACGCAACCAAACAGGAGAAGAAAAAACACUGGAAAACACUAAAGUGUAAAAUGGACAGGUAUUGUUUUACAAUAGCUCCCCAGCGGCCCCCCUUCAACAUCUUAAUGCUGUUGAUUGUGUAUGUACAGUAUCACUUACUGCAGUAAAAGAGGCCAAUAUUGGUCUGUAGCUCUGUAAACUCUACUGCAGUGGGUCAGAGGAGACACCCUAUGUGUUGACAAAAUUAUACUGGGCACUAUGGCUGUACUAGUAUCACAACUGAGCAUUGUUUGAUUUUUGUAUGUUUUUAUUUUGUACUGUGUUACCGUUUUUAUGAUUGUUUUAACUGUUUGUGUCAUGUUUGAAUGGUUUGUUUCUUUUUUGCCAUUGGUUUUGUAAUGUUGUUAUAGAAAGUAACAUACCGGUGUGACAGAAAUUCAGUGAUUCUUGGUGGCAAAUCUCCCUCCCGACCUGUGAGGAAGCUGUGUAAGGGUGCCGAGUGCCCUGGACUCAGAUGGCCAGACAAUUUAUUCCAGGGUUGGAAGUCAGCCAUCUUAGAAAGGGGGCGGGGCCACAAUACUGCAAGUCAGUGUUGCCAGGUUCGCGAUUUUCCCUCGGAAUUGGGCUACUUCAAAACACAACCGCUGGAAAUAUUAAGGAGUCGUGGGUUGAUAAUGUAAUUAGAUUA